CUUCAUAGCAAGCACACUACAGUAAUAUCAGUACAAGAAAAGAUUAGAACAUCUUAGUAUAACAGUGAAUACAUUUGUAAUAGUACUCGAUGCCUUUUAUGUUUGUCUCAGAUUGAAGAAGUUGAUCCGAUUUAGGUGAUCGUACAGCACUCUGUUCGGAUUAAAAAUCCACCAGUCUGAGUAAGUAGAAAUACCAAUAUGGCCACAAAUAAGCCCUAUCUCUCCAAAAGAGGGAUCCACAGUCGUGACUAUCCCAACUUUAUGGAUGAAUGGGGGCUGCAAGUACUAGCCAAUCCUUGGAAUAAAGAAAAUAAUCCGAACGGUUUCAUCGACUUUGGAAUCGCUGAGAAUAAGCUGUGUCAAGAUCUUUUAUCGGAGAAAGUGAACGAUCAAGAUGGGAAAAUUCCCAGCGACGCGUUCUAUUAUCACGAAUGGCGAGGAACUGACACCUUCAGAGAAGCAAUUGGGAAGUUAAUAACAAGAAAAUUCAAAACCUACAAACCAGUUGACCCUGAAAAUCUGGUGGUGACAAACGGACUUGGCGCAGCAAUAGAUCUCCUGUCACAUACAAUAGUAGAUCCAGAAGAGUAUUUCCUGGCCCCAUCCCCUUAUUACUACAGAGUGACAAAUGACAGUGGGCACAGGGCUCAGGCAAGAGUAUGGAACGUAGAUCUCGAUAGUCAGGAUGGGUUUGAGAUGACGGUUGAGAAACUUGAAGCAGCGUACAAGGACGCCAUUGAACAUGGUGCUAGUGUGCGGGGUAUGAUCCUAAUCAACCCCCACAAUCCAAUGGGAACAAUAUACAGCAAGAAACUAGUGAUUGAAAUAUUAGAAUUUGCAGCUAAAUACGAGCUCCAUGUUGUUAUGGAUGAGAUUUACGGAAUGUCAGUCUUUGGAGAAGGCGCUGAAUUUAACAGUGUUUUAAGUCUAGAAAACGUCCCUGACCCUAUGAGAACGCACGUAUUAUGGGGAUUUAGUAAGGACUUUUGCUUGUCCGGAUUUAGAUGCGGAGUGAUACAUACAAUCAAUGAUGAUAUUAAAGUAGUUCUGGCUCAUCUCUCCUAUUUCACAUCGGUUCCAAUCAUAGUACAAAACAAACUGACAGAGAUAAUUACGGACGAUGAAUGGUUAGAAAAUAAAUAUUUCCCAACGAACCUGAAGAGGAUGAAAGAUACAUUUGAGUUCAUCACAAGCAAAUUGAUGGAUAUCGGGGUACCUUCUAUGAAGAGUGAAGCAUGCUUCUUUGUCUGGGCCGAUUUUUCAAAGUUCCUCAGUGAGCAGACACACGAGGCGGAGAUGACGUUGUUCAGACAGUUCUUCGAUGCACAUGUCUACCUGAUGCCAGGCCAGGCGCUCUAUUGUAAAAACCCGGGCUGGUUCCGUAUUGUAUUCACCCUGCCUCGCCCUAUGGUAGAAGUAGGGGUUGGAAGGAUAGCGUCGGUGCUAGCAUCGUUAAAGAAAUGAUAAGAAACAAAAAACAUUAGAAGCCUUUUGGACAGAUAUUUCCCCCAUUGUACUCAAAUCAUCUGCUUUUAUAUUGCACAUUCUUCAAAAUGAGUUACGGAAGGCUCAAAAGUAAACCAAGAAAUGGACGAAAAAAAUAAAAAAUAUAUAUGACAAGACUUAAAGAUAUUUUGAGUCCAGUUCAGUAACUUUCACCUGUAAUUCAUAGGAUUUGGAGUUUUAUCAUUUUUUAUUUAAAAUUUAGAACUGAACUUUAUCAUGUAUACAUGAGCGAUCCAAGAAUUUUAUUAAGGGGAUGGGUGCGUCUACAUUUUAAAAAGUCUCCAUUAUCAUUUAACUCCACCUGUCGCCAAUGCGUAACGGUUCAAUGCGUAACCCUUGAUUCACUUCUGUUAGAAAGGAGAAU